GGAGGGCAUGGAGUGGUUUUGGGGGCCCUGAGGUGAAGCUGGGCACUGCCUGCAGGUGGAGCUCCGUGCCCCAGGCUGGGUCUUGGAGGGAGGCUUGGAAGUGAGAUGGUCAACCCCUGAGUGUCUGCUCCUUGAGGACCAGGAACAGCCCCCAUACAAAUGACAAUGCAUAGUCUCUGCCUGUUGGGAAGGGGAUAAUGGUAACUAAUUCCUCAUUAAGCUGAUUGCCCACAUGUAUUCAGCUUCAAAGUAGGGAGGAAACCCCAUCCAAAGCCAGGUGAUAAAAAAGGGAAAGGCUGCAGGGAAAGCUGAGCUGUGUUGAUGGGGUAAGUGGAAUAGAAAUGAAGAUUUUUGUCCCUCCGGUGCAAUUGCUGCAGUUUUUGCUACGAACUCACAGCUCUGGGGCUGUGAAUGCCCCAUUUGGCUGAAGAAGGCUCUGCCCCAUGUGCUUGUGGGACCCUGUGCUGGUGAUGUGCUGUAUGAGGUCAAUGGCAGCUGGCAGCUCGUUGCUCCACAGCCGGGGAUUACACUGAUCUCUGCUGUGUGCUGGAGGAUUUGUGAGUCUUUGCUGUGUUGUUUUUGUUUUUGUUUUUUUUCCUGCAAAAUUGGAGGUGUUUAUUUCUGUGGUGGGAAUGGGGGCAUGUUAUCUUUUGCUUUCAUCCCUAAAAUCUUGCAGGGGUCAGCGAGGUUGUGCGGUUUAGAUGUACAUAGUGAAAGCAAGAAGUAAACCAGAGUUUAAAAGUUCAUUUUGAAAAUAAAUCUCUACAGGGCAGUGAGGAAGCAGAUGUAGGCCUGCAAACUCCAAGUCCUUAACUGGAAAUCCCCCUCUGUUGAGGUCAGACACUGCCCUGGCUCCUGGGAAGGGGGGGAGGGAGAGCAGCAAAGGAAGCUGUGCCAUUUGGGCGAGCUGCUCAUCUCCCUCCUGAGCUGGGGAGCCCCAUGCGUACCUGAGGUCAUUCAUUAACUUGUUGGUGCCAAUCAGUGCUGGUGCCCACCAAAUCCUUGCAGCAAGUAGUCCGACCUCACCUGCUGCCUCUCACUGCUCUUGGACCUGAUGGCGAUCCCUCCUCCUCCAACAUUGCCAGAGGACCUCGCCAUUGUCCCCAUGCUGGGUCUGGGGGACAUGGGGAGCACGAUGGUGAUGGCACGCAGCCACUUCCAGAGUGGCAGAGUGCUGCCCCAUCCUGCAGUUGUGCAGUGGUUAGCUGUGCCGCAGCUCACCUUUGGCCCUCUAGCACUCAGAGCAGCUUCUCACUGUGCUGCCACCAUCCUCUGGUGGUGACACUGCAAGUGGGAUAAACUCCUGCUCUGUUCCUCCAGUGAUGAGGGCGUUGGUCAGUUGCCCACUGAGGCUUGCUGGGGCUCCGGAUGCUGAGUUUCAUUUAGUGACUCUGGAAACUCUUUCACAAAGUGAGCAGAGAGCACACUGCAGAACUGCUAGAUUUUCUCUUACAGCAGCUCUGCAAUGUGCUCUCAGUUCUGCCCUUUUGCAGUGUGUGAUUCUAUUUUUUUUUUUUAAUUAUUCCAGGUGUGACGUGAAUCCCCUGGGGCUCAGAACGCAGUGCAGUGCUGGGUGAGGCUCACCUCCCUGUGGGUCACUGCAGGGGUCUGCUGAGCCCAGAGCCCAUCCCAGUUUGGGUUCAUGGCAGCAUUGGUGCAGCAAAGCAGGUGUUGGUGCUGUGGGGCUUGGGGGGAUCAAUCCCUUCUUGUUGAGACGUGCAGCUUUUGGUGAGGAGAAAUAAAGAACAAAUUCCAGUGCCCCAGAGACGAAGUCAUUGAAUGAUGGUUGAUAGCCCUUCUCCAUAGGGCUCAGGGGGUCUGUGCACGUGUCCCAGGAGCUUUCAGUCCCUGUGAUUUCUGGGAGGCAGCGACGGAAGGGAGGAAGUUCUUAUAAAACUCGUGGAAACAGCACGGAAAAGAGGAGGGGCCCCGUGGGUGUCGGUGCCGCAGUAGAGGCACAGCGGUGCGGUUCGUUUCCUCCUCCGUAGCUCGCUGGUCCCCGGUUUUCUCCCAGGAAUGCUCUUCCCGUUAUGGGCUCCGGAGGAAACGAAGCCCUGUCCCAGAUGCUCUGCCUGGGUUUUCUGGGGCUUUUUCUGGCUUUCAGCUUCUUUCUUUUCAGCAUCCCUUCGCGCCUCUCCGUCACUUGCCCACCUUUAUCCCGUCCCCGGCCCUCCCCGAAACGGGCAGCAGGCGGAUUCCUGCGGUUGCUCAUCUGCAUUCAGCCUCCUCCCCGGCCGGCCCCGCUCCUCCCUCUCGCACCUCCGCGGCGUCGGGAAGAGCGGCGUGUGGGGCCGGCGCUGCGCCUCCGCGCCUUCCUCGGCUUUGGGGUUAUACGAUCGUUAUCGGGUUUUUUUCCCUCCUCGCCCUUCCCCCCGUCCUUCAGCCGGAGCGGCGGAGCCCGGCGGCAGCGCUGGGGCUGAGGGACGCGGGAGGGACGAGGCCACCGCCGGGGCAGCGGGGGCUGCGGGCUCUGCGCUGAGCGUCGCUGCUGUGCGCCGCCGUGCUCGGAGGGGGAGAUGCCUCUGGAGGACGGCGGUGCGGCCAGGCGGAGCUGGCGGCAUCCCUGCGGCGUCACCGGCUGCGAGGGGGCGCGGGACACCCCGCACCGGGACGAGCGGGCUCCCCGUGUCAGCGGGACGGGGGUGAUGGCGGAGGAUGAGGAGCCGUGGCCGGAGCUGGAUGAUGGAGAUGUGACCUCUGAACGGGGAGAAGAGGCGUGCAGGGCCCUGCAGCGGGCGGGGAGUGGGGAAGCGCUGAUGGCCGAGCUCUCAGAGAGAGUGCAGGAGGUGGUGCGGAGCAGCGGCUGGUGGGAGAGGCACGGCGUGGACAUCUGCAUCCUCAGCUGCAGUCUCCUAGCGCUGCCAGCAGGAUUUCUAUGCCUGCGUUCAGCCCACACCAUCCCUUUCCUGGUAGGUGUCCUCAUCCUCGGCGUGGGAUAUCACACCCUGGCUGUGAAGGGCAGCCACCUGGCCAGCCACAAUGCCCUGACCAAGUCCAGGUCCUGGGGCAAAGUGUGGGCUGUCUUCUUCAUUGAGUUCUGCUCAGCAUUCACUGCUGAGCAGGCCAGCUACAACCACGUGAAGCUCCACCAUGGCUACACCAAUGUCAUUGGCCUGGGGGACUCCAGCACCUGGAAGCUGCCUUUCCUGAACCGCUACAUCUAUUUGUUCAUCGCACCGCUUGCUGUGCCCAUCAUAACCCCCCUGGUUGCACUAGACUUGCUGAGGAACGUGGAGACGAGGGCUGCUCUGCGCACUGUCUGCCUCGUGUCGCUGGGGCUGUGCUGCCAUUACUGCCUGCUGCGCCACGUCUCGGGCUUCCAGUCGCCGUGGUCUGCCCUGCUCUGCAUGCUGGUCACCCGCUCUCUCCUGGCCCACCCCUACAUCCACGUCAACAUAUUCCAGCACAUCGGCCUCCCCAUGUUUGCAGCCGAUCGGAAGCCCAAGCGCAUUCAGCAGAUGAGUCUGGGUGUGCUCAACCUGCCCCGCAAUGCACUGCUUGAUUGGUGCUUCGGCCACUCGCUCAUCAGCUGCCACGUGGAGCACCACCUCUUCCCCAGCCUGUCUGACAACAUGUGCCUCAAGAUCAAACCUGUGGUGUCGCAGUACCUGAAGGAGAAGCGGCUGCCCUACAAUGAGGACACCUAUGGCUCCAGGCUCCAGCUCUUCCUGCAGAAGUAUGAGGAGCUGAUGGUCCACGCACCGCCCAUCACAGAGCUGGUGGGCAUCCAGUGAGCUGGGGCUGACUGGCUGCAGGAAAUGUUCCUCCCGGUGUCCUGAUGCUGAGCAGCAGGCGCUGUGCAGGGACUGAGCGGGGGUUGUGCCCCCCUGGAGCUGCUUACAGACAGAGUUCGGUUCUACCCGCACUGCUUUCAUGCUGGGGGAGGGUGAAGCAAAGCCCCAUCGGCUGUGUCCUCGCUGGCAGCAGCAGGUGGCAGGGCUGUGUCACCGUGUGCUGCCCAGGAGUUGUGGAAAGAUGCUGGGGGGGCAGGGGUUGUCACUGCCACUGUGCUUUACCUGGCUGGGAUGGGGGAAUCAGUCUCUUCUGGGAACAUGGAUUUGGUCAAUUCAGCCCAAGGUGUUGAAGUGGAUCUUUAUUUCUGCUUUUUGUCAUUGGAACAAUUAAUGUGGGGAUCCCACAUGGGGGGCUGUGGGGCAGCUCUCCAGCCUGGGCAGUGCUGGGGAUGCUCAGCUUCUGCUUACAAAGGAGAUUUCUGGCCCUGUCCUCAGCGCCGCCGCUUUCUGCCCCUUUUUGUGGGUGCUGCUACUGUAGGGAUUGGGGCAAUGAUGCUGAAGGUCCGAAUGUCCUCUGAAGCUGUGGGAAGCUGCUCUUCUCCAUGCAACUGUGCGAAAGGAGCAUGCAAUGAAGCACAGGGCCAGCUGCCUGCCACAGCAGGAACCAAUUUCCAAGAUGAGAAAGCAUGUGGCUUUUACAACCCUUAUUAAAACUAGCUUCUAGCGGUGAAAUCAGCCUUAAUUGCUUUUAAAAAGCCUUUUUAGUGCUUGUCUGUGUGCCUUGGCAGCUGUACAGCCUGUAAGCAUCUUCUGGGCCCGGUGCUGGGCCGGGCACUGGGGCUCCUGCUGCCCUGUGUGAGGGAAUGAGAGGGAGAUGAAAUGGUGGCUCUCGGGCUGGAGCAGCUCUGUGCUGCCGCAUCCUUUGCAGGGAUGCUGUGUGUGCUCCGGGUUUGGUAGUACGAUCUUUACUGCACAGGACGAUGGUUUAGUAACCCGUCUCUGAGCUCUCCUUCUCCUGGACACCU